CGCGGGGCACGCCAUAUUUUACAAAAGCAAUUGCGAAAAUCGGUUACUGUUGCGGAACACGGCCGAAAAACAAUAGGAGCUGCUCGUAAAAUCCUUCAAAAUCAGGGCGAGGAGUGUUAACUGAUAGGGACUACCGGCAGUCGAGGGGUUCUGGGAAUUCCAGGUGUUUGCCCAGCGCCGCAAGUGCACAACAACGGCGUAGAAGAGGAAGAGCGAGAAGCAGUCAGACAGCUAGUGUAGAAACGAAGUGACAGAAACCAAAAAAUGAUGAAACAAAUAGCCGGGAAAAGCGGCAGCAAGCCGCAGUCUCCGGAGGUUUCCGCCGCCGGGUCCUCCUCCAUAAUCACCUACAGCCCGAGCAAAUUCCUCACGCGCGUUGGCCCAGGCGACAACACACACACCACACACAGCCACACUCACACCAGUGCAAGCGCAGCAGGGGCGACGGCAACGGGAGCGACUGCGACGGCAAGCGUAACAACAAAAACAAAUAAAAAUCCUGCUGGCGGAGGUUUCGCGUCGUAUUUUGUGGUAAAGGCCGGCUCCCUGGGCAGCGCUGCCUCCAUGACGGGCUCGAUCAAAGUCAGCAGUCCGCCAAAGGCUGGGUCCGCGACCAAGUCGCCCACGCUGGUCAUCACAUCGUCGUCCACGCCGACAGAGAGUUCCAGCACCAUUUCGGCGCCCAGUGAAUCGUCGUUUGGGGAGAAAAUGGAGCACAGCUAUAUCCGUGAUCCAGUUACACGCAACGAAGUUAAUAAUGGCCUUGCACCCGCAAGGAACAUACUAGUCCGCCAUCCUCCGCAGUGUCCCAGUUGCCACACAUAUCCGCAACACGAGGAUCUGACGGAGACGCAGCAGGUCCAUGUGCCGCCCUACGACGACAUAGCCGCCAAGGAGGCAAUGAACGAAUGCGCUCGCAUUGCCAAAUACGUGAAGAACAACAAUGCCGAUGAGCAGGAUUGGGUGGCGCGAGUCAAUCAAUUUGGUUGGACACCCAUGCAGCAGAUGCUAUUCGAGAAGGUGAGCUCCAUUCUUGACCAGGAUCAGCUGGCGCGUUUGGCCAACGACAAGCGCCAGCAUGAAGCUAUUCAUCGCCGAGUGAGCGUUGAUAAGUCCGCCUCCCGUCUGCGCAAGGCUCUAGCUGGCGUUUCCUGGGAGCCCCGCAUCACCCAGUGGCUGCACUCGCUGCUCAUGGAGCAUCUGUCGCCCUCGUACAUGGCCUCCUACCUAGACAUGUUGCAGACGCUUAAAACUAAGCUGCCUACGCUGGUGGAUAAGAUGCUAUUCAGUCGUCCGCUUAAUCAUACCCAGGAACUGUUGGCUCCGGUGAUGAAAAAACGCUGGGAACCAAAUAUAUUGCCCAAGGGGCGUCAGCUAUCGCACAACGCUAUUAUAGUGGUGCUGCCAACCAUGCCCACCAGUAGCGUUGUCACGGAUCGCAUGCAGAAGUGGUAUCAGGCUUUGGCCACCAUCACACAGGUCGUGCAGAUUACUCUGCCCAAUUCGAACAACAGAAUUGGUAAUCAAAACCUUGAUCAGGUGGCCGAAACCAUUGUGUCCUUGACACGCGUCAGAAUUCAUGAAUUGCGCACUGAUAAUCCUAGCCGUGGCAUUAUCCUUGUCGGCUUUAAUGCAGGAGCAGCUUUGGCUUUGCAGGUUGCCCUGUCGGAGAGUGUGGCCUGUGUGGUUUGCAUGGGCUUUGCCUACAACACCAUACGCGGUCCUCGCGGAAUGCCGGAUGACCGAAUGCUGGACAUUAAGGCGCCCAUACUGUUUGUCAUUGGCCAGAACUCUGCCCGCACCAGUCAGGAGGAGAUGGAGGGGCUGCGCGAGCGCAUGCAAUCUGAGUCCUCGUUGGUGGUGGUGGGCAGUGCAGAUGAUGCGUUGAGGGUGCCUAAGAGCAAGCGGCGCAUCGAGGGCGUUACACAGGCCAUGGUGGACUACAUGGUGGUUGAGGAGGUCUUCGAUUUUGUUAGUAGGACCUUGAACAAUCCGCCAGGACCUCGGAUGCCCACAUCUCUAAUGCAUCAGCCGGGUUACCAGCGUCAGGUAAAGCAAUUAACCCACGUCCUGGCCGAUGGCAAUGCCAACAAGGCGGUGCAGCAGAUGCGCAAAAGAAAGCUCAAUGAUGGCCAGGAGGAUCUGGCGGGUCAGCCGGUUAAGACCAAGAUUGUGGCGCACAAUCGCCCUCACAAGCCGAAGCCACCUCGACUCAUUGAUCCGUUUGCUGUCAAGCGAAAGGUUGGAAGACCCCGAACAAGACCCCUGGCAAAAGUUGGUGGCUCGGUGGCUAACCAAAAAGAAGCACCUCAUCAAGACAAGUCAAAUUUGAGCAGCGAAGAACUUAACCAAUCCAUUGAAUUCAUACUAGAUGAGGGCGAGGGCUACGAGGAUGCAGCAGCAGCAACAGGAACUUUAGCAGGAUCCAGUGGAGCUUUUCUACCAAAGGUUAUGAAACCAGGUGGCGUGAUAUCCAAACAGCUGCCGCAGGUCAAUCUGGCAGUUGGCACCAAAAUCAAGAUGAUACCCUCCAGCCAGUUUGUCCAAAUCAAAUCCCUGCCGCCGCAGAGCAAGCUCAUCAACUACAAGCCAACAAGUGGAGCAACCAACACUUCAACCGGCAACAUGGGAGGCAUUGUAAAGACUCUACCGGGCUCAUCAUCAUCAUCUGGUGGCCAGCAGAUCUAUACACUAAAAGCGCCGAUGGGACAAACGACACAGUUUACAACAGCAGGUCCUUCUAGCUCUUCGACUUCCUCAUCAUCUACAGCUGGGGGACAGCAGAAGUACACGGUUUUCAAGAAUGCCAACGGCAUGACCAUGCUGCAACUCACCAAGCCCGCUACGGCCACAAGCAGCAGCAGCUCCUCGGGUAAUGUGGAUCUUGCCAACAUCAUAGACAUGCCCAUUGUAUUUGCCGACAACGAAGGCAUCAUCUCAGAUCAGCAGCAGCAGCAACAGCCGGUGGAAAAGGAAAUAAAACCAGCUCCCAUCAGAAGCGCCAAUAAACCACUUAUCAUCAGUCAAAAAAUCAUCAAGGAGGCCAACAAACCGCCUGGAAUUGUCACCAGCAGCAGCGGCACCACCACCACCACCAAGCCAGGCGGAGGCAACAUUGUGCUCAACAAGGGCAUGCAUCAGUUAUUUACCACCACCACCACCUCAUCGCCAACAGUGGGUGGCCAGAAUAAGGUGCUGUACAUCAAUCGCAACACCAUGAAACCCAUGGGAAAUAUGGUCACGACUGGCGCCCAUCGCGUGCCCAUACGGAUUUUGAGUAACCCAAAAACGGGAGCAGUGACUUCGAGUAGUCCUCUGGUGGUGGAUCCUGCCACAGGAUCUUUAGUGCCCGGCGUUAAGGCCGUCAAUGUGCAGACCAUUAAGCCCACAGCUUCUGCUAUACGCCAGGUGGGCUCCACCACCAAGGCCUAUUCCCAGUUCCAAGUGAUAAACCCUGGCACACCGGUCACGUCCACUGCUGUUUCUGGCGAUGGCAAGGCUCCGAUAAGGAAUGUAUACUUUAAAUCCGCUGCCGGACUCAAGCAGGUGCCAGUACAGAUGCUUGGAAAUCGCUUGCCGUCAUCAUCAGUUUCUGCUCAGCCAGGAGGAGCUGGUGGUAUGCGCCGAGUGGUCAACAUUGGCACCGUUUCCAAGCUGGCCACGGGACCAACUGGCCCGGACUCCAAGGUCAUCAAACUGCAGCCCACAAUGGCGACAGCGGCGACGAAAGUGGAGGCGACAACACCAGCUACUCCAACGCAGAUCAAGAAGUAGGAUUAUAGUAAUAAGGAUAUCUAUGUAAAUAUGUUAAGAGAAGUAGGAUUAAGUUUGGAUUUAUCAAAGCGUUAAUUAAUUGAGAGUUUUAUUUCAAUAAAAUAAAAGAAUUACAAUUUAA